CAUCAGUAAACUCUGAUCUUAUCUAGCAGAGCGAGUUUACAAUUCCAUUAAUUAAAAAAACUUCAUCAUAUCAUCACCUCAGUCCAUGAUGAACACCGCAUGGAUAUGGACGGCAUUUGCAGUGAUCGCUGCAAUUUCCGUUUUCAAAGCAUUAUUUCUGAAGAAAGGAAAGAGGUUUCCACCAGGUCCCAGAGGGCUGCCAAUUUUGGGACAUUUCCAUUUGGUUGGGAAAAAUCCCCAUCAAGAUCUCCAUAAAUUGGCCAAAACCUAUGGCCCUAUUAUGCACUUGCGAUUUGGGUUAGUCCACAAUAUCGUCGCAUCAACGCCAGAAGCCGCCAAGCAAUUUCUCAAGACCCACGAUCUCAAUUUCGCCACCAGACCACCGAGCGAGGCCGCUAAGUACAUCUCAAACGGCCAAAAAGGUUUGUCGUUUGGCCAAUACGGUCCGUAUUGGCGAAACGUUCGGAAGCUGUGCACCUUGGAGUUCCUAAGCAAUCUCAAGAUCAAUUCCUACCAAUCCAUGAGAAGAGAAGAGUUAUGUCUUCUCGUAGAAUCAAUCAAGCAAGCAGCUCAGAACGGCGAAUCUGUUGAUUUGAGCUCCAAAGCUUCUUCCCUGAGUGCAAACAUGAGCUGUAGAAUGGUGUUCGGGAAGAAGUACGAGGAUAAAGACCUUGGUGAGAAGGGAUUCAAGGCUGCGAUUCAAGAAGCAGUUACGAUCACAGCUAUCCCUAAUCUCGGCGACUAUUUUCCUCUUCUCGGUAAACUUGAUGUUCAAGGAUUGACGAAACGGAUGAAGGCUGUCGGAAAACUGUUCGAUGAAUUCUUAGAGAAGAUCAUUAACGACCAUGAAGAAGCUACCAGCAAAGGAAAGGUUCAGACUACUAAGGAUUUUGUGGAUACCAUAUUGGAGAUUAUGAAGUCGGGACAAUCUUCAGUUCAGUUUACUCGCGAACAUGUUAAAUCCGUUAUGCUGGACAUUCUUAUUGCUUCAAUAGACACAUCAUCAUCUGUAAUAGAAUGGACAAUGUCUGAACUCUUCCGACACCCGGAGAUAAUGGAAAAGGUAAAAGAAGAAAUAGAGAGGCAUGUAGGGCUUGAUAGGAUGGUUGAGGAGAGUGAUUUGGAGCACUUCAAAUACUUAGAAAUAGUCAUUAAGGAAUCUUUAAGGAUGCAUCCGGUUGUGCCAUUACUCCUUCCUCAUGCAGCGAUAGAAGAUUGUGAAGUUGAUGGCUUUCACAUUCCUAAAGGCGCAACUGUUACUGUGAAUGUUUGGGCUAUUGGACGUGAUCCAAAUGUGUGGAGUGACCCUGAAAAAUUCUUUCCAGAAAGGUUUAAUAAAAGUAGCGUUGAAUACAGAGGUCAGGAUUUUGAACUUCUCCCGUUCGGGUCAGGAAGGAGAAGUUGCCCUGGAAUGCAACUUGGAAUAACUGUGGUUCGACUAGUGGUAGCACAACUACUCCAUUGUUUUGAUUGGAAGCUUUCAAAUGGGAUGUUACCCAAAGACUUGGACAUGACUGAAGAAUCUGGCCUCAGUUUGAGCCGAGCAGAGCACUUGAGGGCUAUUCCAACCUAUCGUUUGCAUAUUUAAUUUUUUUUUAAAAUCAUUUAAAAAGUCUUGAAUUAAAAUUUUGUGUACUACACUUCAUCAAUGUAAUGGUUUAUGCUUUCUAAUAAAUGCGAUUCUAUUCUAUCUGUCCUA